CACCUUUUCGACUCAUAGAGAGACACUCGAGUUUAUUCUCAUAACAACAAAAUGAGUUCACCACUAGGAAGAAACGACCCAAUUUCGGUCAACUUACGAUAAAACGAUUCUAAAUCUAGACUGAAUCAUGGCUUCCAUUUUCCAACCUUGGAUUAAUAAAUCAAUUCACAAAAAACCCACUACUAAUUUCCUCAGAAAGACUCACCCAGUUUGUCAAAUUUCAACAUUACAAACAUCUCCUGAACAAACUCCAUUUCCAGAAGAGAAACUAGUUAUUGUUGGGGGAACCACACUAUCAGGUCAUGUAAACAUUAGUGGUUCAAAGAACUCAGCAUUACCAAUUCUUGCAGGAACUUUAUGUUGUUCUGGUCCUUCAAAGCUUCAUAAAAUCCCUAACUUAUCUGACAUUACAACAAUGAUGUCAGUUUUACGUUCUCUAGGUGUUAGGAUUGAAGUUCUAAGCAAUGGGGAAGUGAUCGUUGAUACAGAUGGAGUUUCUUGUUUUGAACCUUGUUCGGAUUUAGUUAGUAAGAUUCGAGGUGGGUUUUUUGUUUUGGGUCCUAUUCUUGCCAGGUUUGGAGAAGCAGUAGUUGCACUUCCUGGUGGUUGUGAUAUUGGUGCUCGACCUAUUGAUUUGUAUAUUCAAGGGCUUCGAUCUCUUGGUGCUGUUGUUGAGGUGAAGAAUGGAAAAGUUUGUGCACAUGCUGCAAAUGGAAGACGGCUAGUUGGAGGAAAUUUUCUUCUAGGUUAUCCUAGUGUUGGUGCAACUGAAACUCUCAUGAUGGCUGCUUCAUUGGCUGAUGGAAAGACCGUACUAUCAAAUGUUGCCAAAGAGCCUGAGGUGGUUGAUCUUGCUGAAUUCUUAAAUGCUAGUGGAGCUAGUGUUGAAGGUGCAGGGAGUAGCACGCUUGUUAUCAAUGGUAAAAAAAGGUUGCAUGGUUCUGAGCAUACCGUUAUACCUGACCGCAUCGAAGCUGGUACAUAUAUGAUUGCUGCAGCUAUUACUCGCUCAUGCUUCUCAAUGUCACCAGUCAUUCCUCUCCAUGUAUCAUCUCUAGUUGAAAAGCUGUCAGCUGCUGGUUGCAGAAUUAGGCAAAGCAAAUCAAACGGCUUUGAGAUUUCAGCAGUGCCUUCAAAGAGCAGCUUACGAGGUUUUGAUGUUAGAACUGGACCUUUUCCUCAGUUUCCUACAGACCUGCAACCUCAAUUAAUGGCACUGCUUACAACAUGUACUGGGACGAGUUCUGUGGAAGAGUCUGUUUUUGAAGGGCGUAUGCGUCAUGUAAGAGAGUUGGAGAAAUUUGGAGCACGAAUUCAAGUUUGUGGAAGCACUGCACUAAUUUAUGGAAAGGAGCGGGGAAGCACCUUAUAUGGUUCCAGAGUGACUGCAACUGACUUAAGAUGUGGGGCUUCACUUGUUUUAGCGGGGAUGGCUGCAGAAGGGAUAACAGAAGUUGAGGGAGUAAUCCAUAUUGAUAGAGGUUAUGAAGAUCUAGAGAUGAAACUUAAUGGCCUAGGAGCUCGAAUCAGUAGGCAAAAUGUUUUAAUUCCUUCAGCAGUCGCUUAACCUAGUUAAUAUAGCAGUUGAAAUCUAUCCAGUCGAAGACUGUUAUCAUGCUGCAAGUAUAUCUAUUCUAUUCUGCAAAUUCUGUUGUACAUUGAUCAGUGGUUACAUUGUACUUUCACAGCUGCACCAACAACAUAAAGCUUGUUAACUUCCUUUUGCUAGAGCAUGGGAGAUUAAGGGGCAUGUAAUAUCUGUAUCAGUAUGUAAUUUUUAGCUCAAUGUUCCACAUCUUUUUUUGCUAUUGAUGUAACUUAAAAUUUUGUGACACGAAAAUAAUAGAAGGGGUAAGAAAGAAAAUCAUAGUCUAUGAUU